AAAAAAAAAAAAACGCCUUUCUGCCCUGUCUCUUCUUUUUCGUCCUGUCAUUCAUCACCCUUUAACCCUUUCGGUUCAAUAAAACUAUUCUUCUCUCCCCCUGUCCCUAGUCUCGCAUCAUGACUUCUAUUAUUUCCUUGCUUGUACUUCUGUUAGCUAUUUCUACUCUCAUCGUUCAUCAUCACAUCGAUGCAGCCCCUGUGCCUGUGUCCAGACCGUUGAUUAUACCCGCGUCUUCUGUUUCCAUGCACAAGCGAGGCACACCGGCCUCUGAUCGUCACUCACCCCCUUCUGACGUCUGUAAUCGGUCUGGUGAAGAAUCCAAUCCGAUCUGUAACGAGGACAACUAUCAGCAGCCUGGCAGCGGUAGCAACGGGAAUGGCUCCUCUGGGUCCUACCAACCGAAUAAUCCCAACAGAGGAUCCAGUGGUAGCUAUAACAAUCCCAACAGAGGGUCCAACGGUAGCUCUAGUAACUCCAACGGAGGAUCCAAUGGCAACCAUAACGGUUAUGAUGGAUCGAAUGGCAACUAUAACAACAAUGGAGGACAAGAUCAACGCCAACGUCAGGAAGAAAGACGUGACUUGACCCAAUAGGUCUCUUCUACUUUUGGCAAAGUUUCACCCUUUUCUUCAUAAUUAUUAGAGUAAUAUCAAAUAGAAAGAAAUUAUAGAACCU